AUGUUAAGAGAAUACAAAUUAGUAGUUGUUGGAGGGGGUGGUGUUGGUAAAUCUGCAUUAACAAUUCAAUUAAUUCAAUCACACUUUGUUGAUGAAUAUGAUCCAACAAUUGAGGAUAGUUACAGAAAACAAUGUACUAUAGAUGGAGAACAAGUAUUAUUAGAUAUAUUGGAUACUGCAGGACAAGAAGAAUAUUCAGCUAUGAGAGAACAAUAUAUGAGAACUGGUGAAGGAUUUUUAUUAGUUUAUUCAAUAAAUUCAAGAAAUUCAUUAGAAGAAUUACAAUCAUUUUAUGAACAAAUUCAAAGAGUUAAAGAUAGUGAAAAUGUUCCAGUUUUAGUAGUUGGAAAUAAAUGUGAUUUAGAAAUGGAAAGACAAGUUAGUUAUGAAGAAGGUCAAGCAUUAGCAAAUAGUUUUGGUUGUCCAUUUUUAGAAACUUCAGCUAAAAUGAGAAUUAAUGUUGAAGAAGCAUUUUUUGAUUUAGUAAAACAUAUAAAUUUUACAGAAUAUAAUUUAAAAAGACGUGAUGAAAAAGAUGGUAUUGAAGAUUCAAAUAUACAACAAUCUCAACAAAAUGGUGGAUUAAAUAAUCAACAACAAAAUAUAACGGGAGCUGGAGCUGCUGGUGGAGUAGGUAAUGGUUCAAAUUCACAACAAAAAUCAAAUAAUGGAACAACUAAACCAAGUGGUACAAAAUCACAAGUUAAUCGAAAUAAUCAAUCACAACAACCAAGUGGUGGGGAUAAAUCAAAAUCAGGAUGUUGUGUUAUUGUUUAA